ACGGUUAUCCUCUGAACUAUCCUAUGUCUUCCAUUUUUGUUUUGUUGUGUUUUGGUACGUCUCGUUUCGCGUCCAGUUGUGUUUGUACAGUUUUUUUUAUACAAAUGCUGGAUACUGUUAUAAUUAAAUACCAUAUAUUUUUCUGUGCUUAUGAAAUUCAAAGUUUGAAAACCAUCGGUUUACCUUUUUAAUUCAAAGAUGUAAACAAAAUGUAGGAAUGUUCGACGGGGUGCCUUCAAAUGUUUCGAUAUUCUUAUAUUUUGCUGUCCGCUGUAGUUUGUGUGAUAGUAACUUCAUUUUGCCAAGGAAAUGAAACCCCUUUACUGUUAUACUCCACUGUAUAUGAAAUACGCCUAGUUAAUUCUUCUAGAGCUUACAAACCAGAAAUCAUAUUUAAAAAUACAAAAAACUCAACAUCAUACAUAUCAACAUUUGAUUACCAUUAUGCACUUAGAAAAAUAUUUUGGGGUGACCAUGAGAACGAAAGUAUUUUCAGUAUCAACUACUAUUCAAAAGGAAAUGCUUCUAAUAAAGUAGAAAUUAUUAAUGAUGUUAUAACACCAGAUGGUUUAGCUUGUGAUUGGAUAACAAAUAAAUUAUAUUGGACAGAUAGUGAAACAAAUAGAAUUGAAGUAGCCACCAUUGAAGGAAAAUACAGAAAAGUUUUAUUCUGGACUGAUAUUGAUCAACCACGAGCAAUUGCAUUAGUUCCGUCUGCAGGCUUUAUAUUUUGGACAGACUGGGGUGAAUUUCCAAAAAUUGAAAGAGCAAGUUUAGAUGGUAAUCCAAUUUCAAGAAAAGUGAUUGUUUCUGAUUACAUAUUUUGGCCAAAUGGAUUGACUAUUGAUUUGAAAUCAAGCUGUGUAUACUGGACUGAUGGCAAACUAAAUUUUAUUAAAAAAAUGGAUUAUGAUGGAAAAAAUUUGGUAACAGUCUUAGCAAAAAGAUCUGGAUAUCCAUUUGCUUUGACCCAAUUCGACACCAAGUUAUAUUGGACUGAUUGGGAUCCAGGAGCGAUCCAUUAUUUUGAUACAGCAGGUCAACAAAAACAACCUACAGAACUACUACCAGUGCAAAACCCUAUGGCGAUACAUGUGUGGGAUUCUCGACAUCAACCAAAUAUUUCUAGCCCAUGUCAAACAAAUAAUGGAGGAUGUUCUCAUUUAUGUCUUCUGUCUCAAUAUCCACCAAAGUACUCCUGUGCUUGUCCAAUUGGUUAUAAAUUAAUGGAUAAUUUAACUUGCUAUGAUAAGCCACAGGAAUUAUUGUUAUUAGCAAAAAGACCUGAAAUUCGAUUGAUAUAUUUAGAUUCCCCGGAAUAUAGUUCAAGUGCUUUACCACUUGAUGUAAAAUAUUCAAUAGCAGUCGAUUUUGAUCCAGUUGAGAACUACAUUUAUUGGUCAGAUGAUGAAGUUAGGAAAAUUCAGAAAGCAAAAUUAGAUGGUACAGACCAACAGAACGUUGUAUGGAGUGACAUAGAACACCCUGAUGGAAUUGCUUUAGAUUGGAUUGCAAGGAAUAUAUAUUGGACUGAUGCUGGAACUGAUAGGAUAGAAGUUGCCACUCUUGUCAGAGGAUAUAGGAAAGUUAUUAUUAUGGAUAAAUUAUUUGACCCAAGAGGUAUUGCAGUGGCACCGGAAUUGGGCUGGGUAUUUUGGUCAGAUUGGAAUGAAAGAGAACCAAAAAUAGAGCGAUCCAAUCUUGAUGGUUCAGAAAGGCUACAAAUAGUUACCGAAGGAAUAGGAUGGCCAAAUGGUAUAACACUGGAUGUUAAAAUGAGAAAAAUAUAUUGGGGUGAUGCUAAAUUAGACAAAAUUGAAUAUGCAAAUAUGGAUGGAACUAACAGAAGAGAACUUAUAAAUGAUAAUGUGCCUCAUGUAUUUGGUUUCACUUUGAUGAAUGAUUAUAUUUAUUGGACUGAUUGGCAGCGAAGAGCUAUCGAUAGAGCUAAUAAAGAAACAGGAAGUGACAGAGAAGUAAUUGUUGAUCAAAUGGAAAAUGUUAUGGGGCUUAGAGCUAUAAAUUUGAAUGCCUCCAUAGGUUGGAACUUGUGUAAAGAUAAUAAUGGUAAUUGCUCACAACUGUGCCUUUACAAACACAAUCAAGAAAGAAUAUGUGCUUGUCAAAUAGACCAUGAAUUAAAAAAAGAUGGAAAAACUUGUGUGAAGCCAAAAGCAUUUUUGUUAUAUUCAAAACGAACUAAUAUAGGUAGAAUUGGAAUUGAAAAUGAACAUUAUGAAAUUACGAUUCCAAUAGCAGGCAUAAAGCAUGCUAGUGCCAUUGACUUUGAUACAAAUACAAUGCGUAUUUAUUGGAGUGAUAGCAAACUUCGCAGUAUAAUGAGAGCAUUUUUGAAUGGUUCUGAUAUCCAGAAAGUUAUAGAUUUAGGUUUAACAUCCCCGGAAGGCAUAGCUGUUGAUUGGUUAGGGUUAAAUAUAUACUGGACAGAUCCAGUGUCUCAUAGAAUCGAAGUUUCUAGACUUAUGGGUAGAAGUAGACGUACUUUGUUAUGGAAUGAAGCUUAUGAACCUCACAGUAUUGUUGUAGAUCCUGAGGAAGGAUAUAUUUAUUGGUCUGAAUGGGGCUCUACAAAUUCAAUUAAAAAGGCCGCUAUGGAUGGAAAAAAUCAGUCUAAACUCAUAUCAACUGAUAAACCCGCCAACAGCCUUACAUUGGAUUAUGAUAAGAAACGAUUGUACUGGACCGAACGAGAGACUCCUGCUAUUAUGUCGUCUGAUUUAAAUGGAAAUGAUCAGAAGAUCAUUUUCAAGGAAAAUACUUUUGAACCUGUAGGUUUGACACUCUACAAAGAUCUGAUUUAUUGGAGUGACAAUAAAACAGGUGAAGUGUUUCGUGCAAACAAAACCGAUGGUUCGAAUAAAGUAAGAAUUAAUAAAAUUGAGGGCGUAACUGAUUUAUUGGUACAUUACCAAUAUAAAAAUAGAAAUACAAAUCAGUGUGCCACAAGUAAUGGUGGUUGUUCUCAUCUAUGUCUUGCACUACCACCGAAAGUGGAUGAAGAACAAACAGGUUACACAUGUGCAUGUCCAAACCAUUAUACAUUGAAUCAAAAAGAAUGUAUACCUCCUAUUAAUUUCAUGAUAUUUAGUUUAAGAAACUUAAUAGUUAGGUUAGUUCCUGAUACAUCUGAUUGCCCAGAAGCAGUUUUACCAAUACAAGGUUUGAAAGCAGUAAAGGCAAUAGAUUAUGACCAAAGAACAAAUUAUUUAUACUGGAUUGAUAGUAAAUCUCGAUCGAUAAAAAAAUCGGAAGCAACGGAACAAAAAAUGGAGAGUGGAAAACCAAAAACUGAUAUGAAUAUUGUUUCAAGUCAUAAAGAAAUACAACCAUUUGACAUUGCUCUAGAUCCAGUGGGUAGAUUGCUGUUUUGGACUUGUGAAAUAAAUGACGUUAUUAAUGUCACAUACUUGGAAAAUCAAAAUUCGUUUGGCAAUUUGGAAAAAAGAGAAAAAGAAAAACCACGUCUUAUUGCACUACAUGUAGAUAAAAGGUUACUAUUCUAUACAGAUGUUGGUAAAACCCCUCAACUAGUACGUGUACGGUUAGAUGGCUCCCAUAGAAUAGUUAUUACUAAAGCAAGUAACAUAACUGCUAUAGCAGUUGAUACAGAAAAUGAUCUCAUUGUUUGGGCACAAGGACAUGGUAUUUACAUCAGUAAUAUUGAUGGAGAAAAUCAGCAUGUAGUACUGAAUGAAAGUAACUCUAUAAUAACCCAACUAACAGUCCAUCUAGGUUUCUUGUACUGGAUUGACAAAGAAUUAGAUCAACUGCAAAGGAUUGAAAUAUUAUCAGGAAAAUCUCGUUCAACUUUACCAAUACAAGCAACACAUAUACUUGAUUUGAUCUCUGUGAAAAAUUACACUGAAAACCUUUGCUCUAAAGUUACUCACAAGUGUUCGCAUUUCUGUAUUCAUAAUAGUACUUCAUUAAUAUGCGCAUGUCCCCAUGGAAAAAUCCUUAACGAUGAUAAGAGAACUUGCGUGGUACCUCCACAUUGUGGUGAUGAUAGAUUCACAUGCAACAUGCCGGAAAAGGACAAAACAGAGUGUAUACCAAUUGCAUGGAAGUGUGACCGUCAAAAAGAUUGUGGAGAUGGUUCAGAUGAAGCAGAUUGCCCAAAAUGUCUUCCUGAUCAAUUUCGUUGUUUAAAUGGGGAAUGCAUCGACAAAAAGAAUUACUGUGAUAAUUAUCCGCAUUGUAGAGACAGAUCAGAUGAAAAGAAUUGUUGUGAAAAUGGUUAUCAGUGUCCUCAAACUGAAGUGUGCCUUCCAUCAUCCUUAGUCUGCGACGGUAAUGAAAACUGUGCAGAUGGAUCUGAUGAAAAAGAUUGCAAAGCAUCUGGAAAACCCGUUGCUUAUACAGUUAUAUUAUCUGUUUUAGCUUGUAUAUUCGUUUUUGUCAUAGUUUCAGUAUUGUUAUUCAGAAAAAGGCUUUUGCCAAGAGAUGAAGAAGUGAACGAUCAAAUGGAAUCUUUAAAUCCGAUGCAUCCAAAUGCUACUGGAAAUUUGAAAUAUCGCAAAGGCAUACCAGACAUUGUUCGAAUGUCAAUGUUAAAUGAUAGUGGUUGCCCGUCAUCGUUUGAUCGAAGGCAUGUUACAGGUGCAUCUAGUAGCUCAAAUACUAAUGGUUCCAGUGUUACUGGAUAUCCAUGUGAGACUCUUAAUCCUCCACCUAGUCCUGCUACCACAGCUGCUUCCACAAGAGGAAGUAGUCCUUCUCGGUACCGACCUUAUCGCCAUUAUCGUUCCAUAAAUCAACCUCCACCACCAACUCCUUGUACCACAGAUAUAAACGACGAGAGUGACUACAACUACCCCUCAAGAGGUCGGUAUGAUGGUGGUCCAUUUCCACCUCCACCAACCCCAAGAUCAGUGUGCCAUCAAGAAAGUUGUCCUCCUUCACCUAGCUCACGUUCGUCUACCUAUUUCAGUCCUCUUCCCCCUCCUCCGUCACCUGUUGCUUCGCCUAAAGGAGGUUAUGAUUCAUGACAUAAGAUUUUAAAAUUUUUGUUGAGACUAAUGUGUAAAAAAAGUAUGUAAUUUUAUAUUUGACACUAUUGCUACAGUUAUACAUAUAUAUUUAAUUAUUGUUAA